CUUCUUGAUUUAUUCCAAGAGCAAAUAUAGGUAUGAAAUUUCUCAGAACGAAAAGUAAGAGCUUUUAGUCAGUCAACUCGUUCACCUUUCCACAAGAAGAAGAGUUCAUGCUCCUUCAUUUACAUAUAUUGGGUUUGUUGCAUCUGAAGAGAAAACCAUGGCUGCAAAUGCAAUGCUUUUUAGGCUGCUGCUUUCCUUUCUUUGCUAUCUCUUUGUCAUAAUGGUACCACUGCAAGUUAGUGCCCUGGAUCCUUAUAACUGUGAUAACGGAAGAGGCAACUACACAACCAACAGUGCCUAUGACAACAACCUCAACACAGUUUUAUCCAGUUUCUUAAAUCACACAGAAAUCAACUACGGUUACUACAAUCUCUCACACGGCCAAAACGCAGACAAAGCUUAUGUCCGCGGGUUGUGCAGAGGAGAUCUUGAGCCAGAUGAGUGCCGAAAACGACUAAAUGAUUCAGCAUUCUAUCUCAAAAAGCAGUGUCCAAACCAAAAAGAAGCAAUUGUGUGGGCUGGAGACUGCACCGUGUGGUACUCCAACCGCUCAAUAUUCGGCGUCACGGAAACUCAACCUACUCAAUGGUUGAUCUACCUCAGGAAUAUAACUGGGCCGGCGGAUGAGUUCGAUCAGGUGCUGAGUAACUUGAUGAGAAAUCUGAAAGACAAAGCUGCAUCUGGUGACUCUCGUCGCAAGUACGCCUCCAAUAACGUGACCACAGAUUAUACAACCUUGUAUGGGCUUGUACAGUGUAUGGCUGAUUUGACAGGGGCUCAAUGCAAUGACUGCUUGGAAAGCGCUAUCUCUGAAAUCCCAAGUUGUUGUGAGGGCAGGAUGGGGGGAAAUGUUCUUAAACCCAGUUGUCGUCUUAGAUUCGAUCCUUACCGCUUCUUCAAUGAAACAACCGUAAUAGACCCUAUUCAGGUUCAACCCCCUUCACCAUCCACCAAUAACACCACUUCAGAAGGAAAGAGCAACACAGCAAAAAUUGUCAUCGCCAUAACAGUUCCAGUUGUUCUUGUUGCUCUGGUGCUCGGUUUUAUUUGCAUCUGUUUAAUAGUGAGAAAGCAAAAACAUUUUGUUGAAAUUAAAAGUGGACAAGAUCAUGAUGAAGAUGAAAUUACUAUUGCUCAGUCAUUGCAAUUCAACUUUGACACCAUACGAGUUGCUACAAAUGACUUCUCUGAUUCUAGUAAACUUGGACAAGGCGGAUUUGGAGCCGUUUACAGGGGCGAGCUCUCUAAUGGACAAGUUAUUGCUGUGAAAAGGUUAUCAGGGAAUUCUGACCAAGGAGAUGCAGAAUUUAAGAAUGAAGUGCUUUUAGUGGCCAAACUUCAACACCGAAAUUUAGUUAGGCUACUUGGCUUCAGUUUGGAAGGGAGAGAAAGGCUACUUGUCUAUGAAUUUCUUCCCAAUAAAAGCCUUGACUACUUCAUAUUUGAUCCUCUUAGGAAAGCACAACUGGAUGGGGAAAUGCGCUUCAACAUCAUCAAGGGUAUUGCUCGAGGCCUUGUUUACCUUCAUGAAGAUUCUCGACUGCGCAUAAUACAUCGUGAUCUAAAAGCAAGCAAUAUUCUCUUAGAUGAAGAGAUGAAUCCUAAGAUAGCAGAUUUUGGAAUGGCAAGAUUGUUUGUUGUGGAUCAAACUCAAGGAAAUACAAAGAGAAUUGUUGGAACCUAUGGAUAUAUGGCACCAGAGUAUGCAAUGCAUGGACAUUUUUCAGUGAAAUCAGAUGUCUUCAGUUUUGGAGUUCUGGUUCUUGAAAUUGUAAGUGGCCUAAAAAACAAUAAUGCCAUUCAUCAGGGGGAGAAUGCGGAGUAUCUACUGAGCUUUGCAUGGAGAAACUGGAGGGAGGGGACAGCUACAAAUGUAAUAGAUCCAUCAUUAAACAGCAUUUCAGCAGAUGAAAUCAUAAGAUGCAUCCACAUUGGCUUACUCUGUGUUCAAGAAAAUUUAGCUGAUAGACCAAACAUGGCUUCUGUUGCACUCAUGCUUAAUAGCUAUUCUCUUUCUCUCCCAGUACCUUCCAAACCUGCAUUUUUCAUGGAGAAUACAACUGAAAGCCUUCUAGCCAUGCAGUUGUCGGAAGAUGAUUCAAGGGCAACUAGAUCAACUGAAUCCACGAGUAAAUCAGUUCGAGAAUCUGUAAACGAGGCUUCAAUCACUGAGCUAUCCGCUCGCUAGACAUUGGGCUGAUAUAAUAAUUUAUCAUCAAUGUUUUGAUCACAAUUCUAUGAAUCCUAUUUGUUUACAAUUAGACAAAAACUGUAAUACAACAUUUAGUGUUUUAAAGUGUAUGGUUUGCUAUUCUUCUA